GCAUUGCCGCGUCGUCAUCGGACCCUCUGCGCACCCAACGCCUCGGCGCCUGCCCUUGCCUUGUCCGCCUUGAUAAGACGGCGCCGAAUUCGUGGGAAAGAGGACCGCACCCUCGCCGAGCCCGAAGCCAUGUCUUCGAAUCCGCUCAGCUUCACAUCCGCCAACUAUGCGCCGUCGGCGGGCGCCUCGAGGAAAGUCGCGAUUCCACGCCUACAGCGUCGCAGCCCGCCCCACGGCGCGUCCAAAGACAGGCGGCGAGUGCGCCGCGCCUGUACCGCCUGCCGCGCCCACAAGAUCAAAUGCUCCGGAGACGCUCCAACAUGCAGGCACUGCAACUCCACCGGUCGCGAGUGCAUGUACAUCAUGCCGCGCAGGGACAGGCUCAAGAUUGUCACGGAUCGAUGCGUUGAGAUGUCCGACCUCCUCAGGGCGCUGAGGAAGUGGGCCAGCGAGGAGGACAAUGCGAAGAUUGAGGAACUGCUCGGCGCGGUCGAAGAAGACACUCCCGACACGCGGCAGGAGGCUAGCACGCCUUCCAUCCCCGACACUGAUGGCGACGACUGGACCUCAUCCAGAGUCAUGCUGGAUGCCGACGUUGUCCCCGCGCACGACCAGGCAGACGCCGACUACCUCGAUCUUUUGGAUGAAAACCUCCAUGAAAACGACCAGUCGCGAGCCACGGGUUUCGUGGGCAAGAAUUCCGAGGUCCAGUGGCUGCGGAAUUUGCUGAACUUCGAACGGUGUGAGGAGGAUCCGGCAAAGGCGUCCAUGUCUCAGCAACGAGGCUCGCACGCUCCCGGGGGCGGUAGUGAGCAGGUGAGCGCCGUCACGUUUUACUUGGACAGCGAAAACGUCGACCUGGACUUUUUCGAAGAGCCGUCCGAGCUGCCAGAGCCAGACGCGGCGGAGCGGCUGCUAGGUGUCUACAUGGACAAGGUGCACGACUCCUUCCCGAUACUCCCCAGAAGACUGUUUGAAGACCAGUUCCGCAAGUACUUCAACGCACAGCGCAACGGAAAUGCGCCGCGUCUGAACCCCAAGUGGCAGGCCAUCCUGAAUCUGGUCUUUGCCAUUGGAGCCAAGUACUCGCACCUGGUCAAGGCCGGCUGGCGAGCUGACGAGCGAGAUCACCUCGUCUACCAGGCAAGGGCGCGUGCCUAUGGUUGGAACGAGGCCACCCUCUCGCAGCAUCCCGAUGUGCCGCAGAUCCAAGUGGCCGGCUUGUUGGCCUUCUACUAUCUCUCCGUAGGACAGGUCAGCCGAGCCUGGGUGGUUGUCGGCCUGGCAUUGCGCUUUGCGUACUCGCUCGGUCUCCAUGUUCGCAAUCAGGAUCCCUCAGCUUCCGCGCCGAAGCGAGAAGUUCUAGUGCGGGUAUGGUGGAGUCUAUACUCUCUCGAGCGCCAACUCAGCAUCAUCACAGGUCGCCCCAGCGUAGUCGUCGACUCGUGCUGCUCCGUCCCGUUGCCGAUGCCCUUGUCAGAAGACCAGAUAUCGGGAGAAUCGAGUGCCGUGAAUCGCAUGCGAAGGCCUAGCUCGUCUUCUACCACGUCUUCCGCGACGACAAGUCCAACGUUUGCAUCGCCGCGUUCGGCUUCCUGGACGGAUUUCCCUCAAACGCCCAUGGGCUUUGGAGCCGUGGAGGCCAACUCUGGGGCGUACUUUAAGGCUACCGUCCAGAUGGGCAUCAUAACUCAAAGCAUUCUCUCGUCACUCUACACCGCUGGAACAAUGAUACGUUCUGCGAGCGAGAUCCAGCGGGAUAUCAUCCAGCUCGGCCGGCGCCUCGAUGAAUGGGCCACAUCGCUUCCCGCUGAAUUCAACUUCCAGAUUCGGCGCUCGGGAGUGAGUACACCAUCGCGCGCCUUUUUUCGAGAGCGUACGCUGCUCGGCUUCCAGUUCUGCAGUGCCAGGGUGCUCCUCACACGUCCUUGUCUCGGCGGUCUAUGGCUCCCGGGAAAGGAUGGAAAAGACGCGACAGUCCCUAUUAGCUUUUUCCGGAACAUGGCAGUCAUCUGCGUCGACGCUGCCAAGAUGGAAAUUGACUUUCUCCCCGACCAGCCAAAUCCGCUCUUUGUCUACGAGUACGGGCCGUGGUGGAACAUUGUGCACCACGUGAUGCAGGCCUUCACUUCCUUUCUCCUUGCGCUCUCGUACUCGCAAUUGGCUCCCCCGGACAGCCACGUGUUGGCAGGGUACGCGAAGAAGUCGAUUCGCUGGCUGCGAUCCAUGAACGAUCCGCUCGCGGCACGCGCUUAUCGAGUGGCGUUUAAAUCUCUCGAGCUCGUGGCAAACAGGCUCUCGCUGGACGUCUCGGACUUGUGGCGAGAGCAUUCGCUGGCCUUUCCAAAUACUGGACCGGUGGUCGAAGUGGACAGGCACUUUGAUAUGGAGCCUGUUCCGAUGCUGACCGCAGCCGGCUCCGUUCCGUCGAUGCCGAUGUCCUUCGCCGCCAUUCCCAUCUCAGUGCCGCAUUCUGCUGGCCCGAUGCUGUCGUCAUAUAGUCCUGUGGCGGCGAGCCCGACGUUUGCUCCUCCGGGAGGCCCCGUAUUCGACGAUCCGUUCUAUCGCAGAACGGGUUGAGGCGUUGUCGGGGCAGCACUUCGACUGGGCUUUGAUAGAAUCAUGGCUCAAUAGACCAAAAAAACGGAGGGCGCUCGCGGUGGUGGUGGUUCUGGGAACC